AUGGUAUUUGAAUCAAUCGUUGUGGAUGUACUGAACAGGUUUCUAGGCGAUUACGUCGAAAAUUUAAAUAGGUCUCAGCUAAAACUUGGAAUUUGGGGAGGUGAUGUUGUACUUGAAAAUCUGAUAUUAAAACAAAAUGCCUUGGAAGAGCUUAAUAUACCUGUUCAAACUGUUUAUGGACACUUAGGAAAGCUGGUACUUAAAAUACCAUGGAAAAAUCUCUAUGGUGCAUCUGUUGAAGCUACAAUAGAAAGACUAUUUCUUAUUGUAAAUCCCACGGCUGAAAUUAAGUAUGAUCCAGAGAAGGAAGAAAAAAUGGCACUGGCUGCCAAGCAAGCCGAGCUUGCUAGAGUUGAAGAAGCUAAGAAAAAAGAAGCUGAGAAGGAUGAAAAUAAAUUAGAUGAAACAUUUGUUGAGAAAUUAGUGACACAAAUAAUAAAGAAUGUGCAGUUAAAAAUAACAGAUAUACACAUUAGAUAUGAAGACAGUGUAACCAAUCCCAAAACACCUUUCUCGUUUGGCAUAACCCUUCAUAACCUUUCCGUCCAUACAACUGAUGAGAACUGGAAACAGACUGUAAUACAGGAAGCUGUUACCAAGAUUUUCAAAAUACUUGAUUUAGAAGGAUUGGCUAUAUAUUGGAAUCCAACUACUGAGCUAUAUUCAAAAACAAACGUAGAGGAUAUCAAGUCCCGUUUACAAAAAGAGAUAGCAACAAAAUCAGCACAACCAUCAUUUUAUCAAUAUGUACUGGGUCCAAUAAAUGCAACCGCUAAAUUAAAGCUGAAUCCUAAGCCAGAAGGCGAUACGCCUAAGUUCAGUAUACCAAAAGUUAUAUUAAGUUUGCACAUGGAGCAACUGUCGGUCAGUUUGACUAAAUCGCAGUACCAGGACAUGAUGUUGUUGGCUGACUCGAUGGAUAGAAUGAGUAAAGGUGCUCCUUACAGAAAAUAUCGACCAGAUCUGAAAAAAUAUAGAGGACACUACAAAGAUUGGUGGCAUUUUGCAUACAAAUGUAUCCUCGAGGAGGAAGUGCGGCGGCGCAGGAGGAACUGGACCUGGGACCACAUGGUGGCCCACAGGAACCUGUGCAAGGACUACGCCGCGGCGUACCACACCAAGCUUAGCUCCAAGGGCAAGGUGGCCAAGGACCAGCAGUGCGUGCUGGACGAGGCGGAGAAGUCUCUAGAUUUGUUCAACCUGGUUGUUAUUAGACAACGCAUUGAAAUGGAGGUGGAAAGAUUGGGCAAAUUGGAGGAAGAAGCGAAAAAGUCUCGUGGUUGGUUCGGUGGCUGGUGGUCUGGUGCUUCCAAAGACGAAGAGCUCACUGAGGGCGUCGCCAUUAUCAAACAGUUCGAGAAGGCGAUGACAUCGGACGAGAAAGAGAAGCUGUUCCGCGCCAUCGACUACCAGGAGAACAGCGCGCCGCUGCACCUGCCCGCGGAGUACGUGGCGCUGGAGAGCCACUUCGUGCUGGACCGCCUGCAGCUGGCCGUCACCGACGCGGCCGAGGUGCUGCGCGCGUGCGUGGAGACCGUGUGCGUGGGCGUGCUGCAGCGCCCCAGCGCUAACGCUCUCAGAGUGGAUGUUCAAAUGCGUGCUUUCACCGUAACAGGAAAAUGUCAAGGCGACUUUGAACCACAGUUGGUGACUUCUGUAGAAGUCUCUAAUGAUGUGAAUUUACUGAAUGUUAUCUUUGAAACCAAUCCAUUAGAUGGAGGGUGCGAUCAACGUGUUAAGGUGCAAGCGCAGCCGCUGCAGAUUGUUUACGACGCACAAACAGUAAUAGAGAUUGUAAAUGUGUUCAAACCACCUACGGAAUCUACUGCUUUAACUACAUUGCAAGCAGCCGCUGAAAAUAAAUUAUCAGAUUUGAAAGAAAAAUCAGCCCUGGGCAUGCAGUACGCGGUACAACAUCAUACGUUUAUUGAUUUGGACAUCGACAUUGCUGCCUCCUAUAUCAUUGUACCGCAGACUGGCAAGUAUAAAGGGUCGGAGGCGUGCGCGGUGGUGAAGUUGGGCGCCAUCAAGGUGCAGUCGGAGGCGCGCGGCGAGGCGCUGGACGUGCACGCGCUGCACCGCCGCGGCCUCGCCGACAGCGACAUCCUGCGCGAGGUGCUCGCGCACAGCUACGACCGCAUGGCGCUGCGGCUCACGCACAUGCAGAUUGUGAUAGCGUCCCCCGACGAGGACUGGCGCGCCGCCAUCGCGUGCAACGUGGCCACGCCGCUGCACCUGCUGCAGCCCACCGACCUCGUCAUACAGAUACACAAGUGCCUCAUCACGGAUGACCCCCGCCUGCCCAAGAUCAAAGUUAUGGGAGAGUUGCAGAAGAUUGCCAUUAGCGUCUCUGAAGACAGAUUACUUACUCUAUGUGAAAUAUUAGUCAGCAUGCCUUUACCACAAUCGGAAGAGGUUAAUCAACUAAAGCCGAGUGAUUCAAAAGCAUCGAGCUUAUCACUUUUAAGAUACCUGGAUCCAGCAGAAAAACAAAGGAGAGACACCGCGCGCUCCAAGCAGCGGAAGUCUGAUGAACAUUCGGUGCAAUUGACAGAAGUAGAGGCGUUCUUUAUCAUGAAAGAACUAAUAGUAAGCGUUAACAGAAAAACAGUACAAGCUUCUCAAGAUUACGAUAGAUUCUUAGUGUUCUCACUAAAUCUGCUCGAAUUGACGGCGACUCAAAAGACAUUCACUGUCGAGGCGACGGUGCGGCUCGGCUCGGUGGACAUGCAGCACCACCGCGCGGCGCGGGAAACUAUCAAUAUGGUAGAAACACCUGAACUUGUCAACGCUGACUCGGAAAUAGCAGAGAAAGGAAGUGUUAACCAGUACCUGUUCACUGUGACCUAUAGUAAUGUUGACAAAAAAUGUCCUGAGUUCCGCAGUCACUAUGGCUCUGUGGAACAGUUGAUUGAGCUGGACUUUACUAGACUUAAAGUUUUGCUACAUCUUCAAGGACUUCAAGAGAUUUUGGUGAUUGUUAACGAGUAUCAGACACGACUACAAGCUAUUCAAAGCACCGUAGAUAGAUACGCGAAUGCGGGCCCGUUGGAAACAAUUGCAGAGGAUGAGGAACUGUCCAUUGUCAAAUCUAGAGUGAACGCAACAAAGCCGUCCCGCCGCAAGCAAGUGGAGAGCAUCCAACUGAAAGUGAACGUUAAGAUCGGGGCCAUAGAGAUCGGUUUCGCGACGGACGCGCGGCCGCUGUCGCGGAUGACGCUGCAGGGCGCCGCCGCCGGCCUCAUGCUCAAGGCCUCCUACACGCAGAUCGACUGCGCCAUCGCCUCCAUCAAAGUGGAGGAUCUCAACCCCGUCACUGUGCAUAAAGAGAUAUUGAAAGUGCUGGGCGGUGACGUCGUCAAUGUGCAAAUAGUAAUGUACAACAUAGACCAGUACCCGAGCGUCAGCGACGUCAACAUGUCGAUAGACGCGCAGAUCAACUGUCUUCGUAUUAUAUUCCUGAAUUGGUUCGUCACUUCCAUGCUGGAAUUUUUAAAUAACUUCCAAACAGCGCAAGAAGCGCUGAUCGAGGCGUCGUCGCAGGCGGCGGACGCGGCGCGGGCGAACGUACAAAGCGCGUAUCAAAACUCCACUAAGCUGUCCCUGCGCGUGCGACUCGCUGCGCCUAUCAUUAUAGUUCCAGAAAAUUCUACCAGUAAUAAUGCAGUCUUAGUGGAUCUAGGCCGAAUGAAUUUGAAUAAUAAAUUCGUGGAUAUGCCUGCAGCGGACGUGAGUAACAAAGUCACAGUAGACGAAUUAAUGUUAGAUUUAGAAGACAUGAAAGUAUCGUGCGUGACUCUUACGGACGACUAUCAAGAGCUUUCGCAAGAACGCAAGCUGUUGCGCCCUACAAGCUUUAAACUGUUUGUAAAAAGAAGUCUCUCUUCGUGGUACGAAACAUUGCCCGAUUUGGAUAUAUCAGGAAGGAUGAAUACCAUUGCCAUUACUGUCGGCCAUAGUGAUUACAAAAGCAUAAUGAAAAUCUUAAAUCAAAAUCUCCAAGAAGGUCAACUAGCUAAGGCCGAAGAAGUCAAACCACACACUAACGUAUCUAAAGUUACAUCUAGGCCAACUCUAAAAAGUCAAACAAGUAGAGUGCAGACCAAAACAGUUGCGGCCGUAGUCACGCCCACGGAAAAUAAAAUGCCAAGAACCACAAUAAAGUUCUCAUUCACCAUGGACAGUUUCGUCAUCGAUCUUAUGAAUACUCAUUAUUCGGAACAGUCGACGGUCGUCAAGGACGUGGAGCUAGCGCGGUUCUGCCUCGCGCUGCUGUCGGUGAAGGGGCGCAUGUUCUCGGACGGCGCGCUGCACACGUCCGUGCUGCUCGUGGACUGCACGCUGGACGACACGCGGCCGGGCCGCGGCGCCAAGAUAACCAGGUAUCUAGAAAGACGAGGUGAUAAACAAGACAACAAAUAUAGCAAUGACGAAACUUCCGUAGCUGUCAUGGAAACACAUGAUAAAAUAAGGAGUAUGAUCGACAUCACCUACACCAUGAAGAAUGGCGACACAUUUAUCGAUAUGAGGAUCUUCAGUUUCAAUCUGAUCCUUGCAAUGGAUUUCUUGAAUAAGAUAGCCGAGUUCGCGACCACCGGCCUCGCCCUCGACGCGGCGGACACGCCCAAGGAUGAAGUCAAAGUUGUCAAAUCACAUACUGAGAAGUCAGCUGAUAGUGUCACUAAGAAAAAGGUGUCAGCAGCAUCAACACCAACAAUUACAGAGCCUCAGAAGUUAUCCAUGAUGACUGUUAACAUCAAGAUCGAACAGCCUGAUAUUAUACUAGUAGAGUCACUUGAACAAAAAGAAUGUGAUGCUUUAGUGUUAAAUAUGGAGAUGCGGCUGAAGUUGCGCAGGACAGAGGAGCGCCUGGUGGCGGAGGGCGGCGUGUCGGGGCUGCAGCUGGCGGCGCGGCGGCUGGGCGGCGCGCGCGCGCGCCCGCUGCUGGCGCCCGCCGACCUGUCGCUGGCGCUGGCGCAGCCGCCCGGCCGCGGCAUGCACCUCGACAUCGCGCUCACCGACAUCAAGAUUACUAUAUCGCCAGAAAUUAUGGCCUUGCUAAAUCGCGUUCUAGCAACAGUGACCAGUCGAGAAGAAGAUAAUGUAGAACAGGAGAAUAAACCUAUAAUAUAUAAAAAUCUAUGGGAAAUACAACCGUUCAAACCCAGCUCCUAUUGGUUCCUAAAAACCGAAGAAGCUCAAGAGGCGAUAGAUGCCGAGGAGAAUACGUCUGAAGCAGGCACACACCCAGUCGGUGAGAUAUGCCUUCUAUCCAGCCCGUCUAUUGUAUUGGCUUUGGAAAUGGAGAUCGGUAAUGAGACCAUUCCGGUGCUCGUCAUGCAAGCGUCACUCACUGGUCAAGUUAAAGAUUGGAGUUCUGACUUCUAUAUGGAGUCAACGUGGGCUAUGCAAGUGUCGUACUACAACAUCGGGCGCGCCAUGUGGGAGCCUCUCGUAGAACCCGUCGAAAUAUUAAAGGAUUCCCAAUAUAAACAUGUGCCGUGGGAGCUUAAAAUGGAGGUGGUGAUGCGGCCGCAGGAGGCGGGGCCCAGCAUCGACACGACGGACGAGGCCGCCAACUACCAGGCGGCGGCGCAGCGCCUCGCCGCGCGCAGCGUCACCGUCUCCUGCUGCGAGCCGCUCGAGCUCACCCUCACGCGUAGUGGCAUUGAGGUCUUGACCCAGUUAGGAAACUCUUUCUCAGCCGCAAUAGGAGCAGAGACUGACACAACGGUUGUUAAUAAAUCUAAACUUCAAGAUACGUCAGAUAAAAAAUACUUGGGUGCGCCGUAUGUGCUGCACAACUGUACAGGCUUGACUGCUAAGCUUACACUACAAAAUAACAACGAUUUCUCUGUUUUCCUCACUGAAGAAUAUACUGCCUCUGACUAUCGGGAAGUUGUAUUGGAGCCAGGUGCCAGUGUUCCACUGCAACUGAAACAUGGUGGCCUUAACAUUAUGAAAUUAAAUGAACCUCCACCACCGCUCAAGUUACAAGUAAAGAUAGUAGAAAUGGAGGACGAGAUAACAAUCCCGGUUGAGAGGGCGGACAAGCGGUACUUCCCCAUCGGCAAGCGCCUGGCGGGCUCGAAGGCUCGCGCGCCGCACGCCGCCGCCGCCGCCGCCGCCGAGCCGCGCGGACUCAUCUCCGACGUGGUCAUGCAGGACGCCGCGCUGCAUAUAUACUUGAGGAGUAUUGUGCAGGUAACAAACGAGCUGUCAGUGAACGUGUCGGUGUACUACAUGACGGAGAGCGGCAACGAGGUGCGGCUGCUGGGCGAGGUGGCGCCGGGCGCCACGCUGCGGCUGCCGCUGCAGGCGGUGCACACGCCCACCGCUGAGAUAUUCUUCUCUGUUGAGGGUUUCACGGUGUCAGUAUCGCCAUUCAUAUGGCGUGAGUUGCAACAGGAAGUUAAAAUGUCGAAAUUAUUGCAAUGCGACUCCAAAGAUAAAAACAGCGGAGAGAAAUUCUAUUUACGGGCGGUGGGUACAAUGGAGCAAGUGUUCUUCGAGCACAGCACGCGGCACACGUUCGCGUCGGCGUGCUACGACGUGGCGCUGCGGCCGGCCGUGAAGCUGCAGAACUGCCUGCCCGUGCCCGUGCGCGUGUCGCAGCUGGGCCUGCAGCGCACGCGCCUCUUCCGCCCCGGCGAGAUGUUCCACCUGUCGCACCUGGCGCCCAACCGCGCCUCCGUCGUCGUCAUGAUCGAGAACUACCUGGAGAAGUGCUGGGUGUGCACGCAGCAGCUGCCGGAGGCGGGCGCGGAGCUGUCGGUGUGGUCGUUCGAGUCGCACGACUCCCCGGCGCUCAUGUCGCUGGAGCUGGGCGUGCACAGCGUGGACACGGACGGCACGCAGAUGCUCUCCCUCUACUGCCCCUUCUGGAUGCUCAACAAGACCGGCUUCACGCUGUGCUACAGGAAAUCAAAGAAACCAGAAAAAGAAUCCAGCACUCCCAAUAAGAACAUAGACGAUGGCAAUGUAAUCUUUCAUCCGAAAGAUUAUAAGGAGCCGAUAUUGUUCUCGUUCCGUGCGAAGAACUUCUUUGGUAAGAAGAAAGCCGCGAUUCGAGUGGAGUUUGGUGAAUGGUCGGACAAGUUUUCUUUAGACGUUCCCGGUAGUUCGGGCGUCGUGAUUUGCAAAAAUGAAAGCAGAACUUAUCAGGUGGCUGUGACGAAUCAACUGACUUUUAACAGCUUAACCAAAAUGGUUAUUUUCACGCCGUUCUUCCUUAUUAUAAAUGAAUGUCCAUUCCCAAUACAAUAUCAAGAAUUACACAGACCAGCAGAUCCCUGGCAGGAGGUGGAGCAGAACACUAGUUCGCCGCUGUGGCCGGUGGUGGAGCGCGAGGACAAGCUGCUGCUGCUGCGGGUGGCGGGCUCGCGCGACCACGCCGCGCCCUUCCUGUACACGGAACAGCUCUCCGUCUGCCUGAAGCUCAACAACGAGUACGGCGGGCUGCACGUGGAGGUGCAGCUGAGCGAGGGCGGCACGUACGUGACGGUGCGCCAGUACCGCGCCGGACACGCGCCCGCGCUGCUCGUCAACUGCGCGCCGCACGCCGUGCACGUGUUGGAGAAGGAGAACGUCAAUGUGCGUGAAAUACCUUCUAUGAACCAAAUGCUCUAUACUUGGGAAAAUCCCGCCGGACCGCGCAUCCUUAUUUUCGAAGGGCACAAACGAAAAGAAAUUGAAAACGACUUAAGACAAGAUGGAAUUGGAGAUUUUAUGAUAAACGAAACCCAACGUGUGUGGUGGGUGUCGUUCCUAGACGGGUUGCAGCGCGUGAUCCUAUUCACGGAUGACGCUAUCCUCGCGAGCGGCGCGCACACCAUCGGCGAGGCGGAGCCCGUGCACACCGAGCUCGUGUUCGCCAUACACGGCCUCGGCCUGUCGCUGGUCAAUGAUCCAGAGUUCAUGGAGAUACUAUAUAUUAGUAUAUCUAAUUCAGGUAUAAUAUGGGAACAAUGCAAAUUCGGGGCGCGAAGAUACAAGAAAAUCGAGGGCCCGAAAGCGAUCCAACUCGAAGAAGCGUAUCAGCAUUAUCAAACCGAGAAAAUGGUUAGCGAUACUGUGAUACCACCGCAAGUUAAAAUAGAUGACAAGACUGAGGUGGAUUUCGAGGAGUUACGUCUUCUCCGUCCCAACCAGCGCCUGCUGCGGCGCACGCAGGAGCCGGGCGUGUGGGCGGCCGUGGCGCUGACGGCGCACGGCCGGCGCCUGCACGCGCGCCUACACCGCCUGCAGGUGGACCAGCAGCUGCCGCUGCCCACCUUCCCCGUGCUGCUGGCGCCCGUGCCGCCGCCGCGCUCCGUCGCCAACGACGACCCUUCUGGGAUAAAACCUUUCAUCGAGAUAUCUAUCGUGGAACGCGUAAUGGAGCACACGAGCGUGCGCCAGUACAAGUACUACAAGCUGCUCAUCCAGGAGUUCCACGUGAAGGUGGACAUGGGGCUCGUCAACGCGCUCAUGGGCAUGUUCCCGCAGCGCCUGCUCACUGAACAGGAGGCGCUGGAUGCAUUUCAAUUGGAUAUUGAGAGAGCAAGACAACCGCUAGAAGCAUUAGCGGCUAUAGGCGCAGCAUCAGACACGAAAAAUUUCUACGACAAUUUGCAUUUAUCACCUCUUAAGGUUCACGUGUCGUUUUCGUUGGGUGGCGCUACUCAAUUGCCUACUUUUGUGGGCACUUUGCUUCAGAGUAUUGGUGUUACUUUAACCGAUAUGAAUGACGUUGUUUUUAAAUUGUCAUACUACGAGAGAAACUACGAGUUCCUCUCGCAAAAGGAGCUGAUCAGCCAAGUGCAGAGCCACUACACGGGGCAGGCGCUCAAGCAGCUGUACGUGCUGGUGCUCGGCCUCGACGUCAUCGGCAACCCCUACGGGCUCGUCAUCGGCCUCAAGAAGGGCGUGGAGGACUUAUUCUAUGAACCUUUCCAGGGCGCGAUCCAGGGCCCGGGCGAGUUCGCCGAGGGGCUGAUGCUGGGCGUGCGCUCGCUGCUGGGGCACACCGUGGGCGGCGCGGCCGGCGCCGUGUCGCGCAUCACCGGCGCCAUGGGCCACGGCCUCGCCGCCUUGUCCUUGGACAAGGAUUACCAGAGACGUCGCAGAGACAAUAUCAACAAACCGCCUGCAAACUUACAAGAGGGACUCGCUAGAAGCGGCAAAGGACUUGUUAUGGGCGUAGUGGACGGCGUAACGGGCGUGUUCACGAAGCCCAUAGAGGGCGCGCGCGAGCAGGGCGUGGAAGGGUUCUUCAGGGGGCUGGGCGUGGGCGCGGUGGGGCUGCUGGCGCGCCCCACCGCCGGCGUCGUGGACUUCGCCUCCGGCUCCUUCGACGCUGGCGUGGUGGAGGGCGUGUGCGGCGUGGUGACGGGCCCGCUGCGGGGCGCGCGGGCCGGCGGCGCGGCGGGCCUGGCGCGCGGCCUGGCGCAGGGCGGCCUGGGCCUGCUCGUGCGCCCGCUCGGCGGCCUCGUGGACUUCACCUCGGGCCUGCUCGCUUCUGUGCGAAGAGCGGCAGAUUUCUCUGAAGAAGUGACCAAGCGCAGGCCGGCUCGUUACUUGGCGCCCGACGCGGGGGUGAGACCCUACUCGAGGCUUCAGGCUGAAGGAUACAAAAUGCUAUCCGAACUCGAAAAGGGCAAGUUUGUGAGUACAGACACGUAUGAAGCUCACGUGUGGGUGAUCCCGGCCAAGGAAGUCGUGAUGUGCACGGACAAGAGGCUGCUUUACUUGGAAAAGAAUAACGUUUUCGGCGGCUGGCAGAUCGUAUGGACAUACCUGUGGUCAGAAAUCCCCGAUGUGCCGACAGCAGUCGCUAAGGGCGUGUACAUACCGACUGCGAAAAAGAAAGUGCUGGGAAUGUUCUCUUCAUCGGGCUCCGGCAAAGUGAUAUUCCUGUACGACGAGCAGCAGAAGAAGUAUCUCCUCGCGCAGUGCCAGCGGCUGAUGGCGCGU